UGGAUUUGCAAAACGUGGGGCAAACCGCUUAACGGAACGUCCUUCGCCCUCUCUGACUGGCAAUCUUCAUCCCAUUGCCAUUUCUACUACAGUAUCAGAUUGGUGUAUUGACAAAUAACUCAUGACAGUCCUGUCAGACUCUAUAUGUUCUCACUCUCGAGACUGUAUAAUUUCGCAUGCCGGUCAAAUCUCCCCAGUCACACCAUCGUGCCUGAUUUGAGGCGCUUUGUUCAAGGAUGGCCGACCGAACCGAUGAAAGACCAUGGUCAGACGUCUCAGCAAGGCUGCAGAACCUGCGAAACCUCCUGAGUUCCGAACGACAUCUAGGCGCCGACCAGCAACAGGCGUUUGAGGCUUUCGAUCGAGAAAUGGACCACCAAAUGGCUGCCGAUCGCUCAGCUGCCCGAGAACGACGGAGAAGAGAUUUAGAGACACAUUCCCAGGAACAAGACGUCGCAAGGGUUGCAGAAAACUUGCCACAAAGCAGCAGUGCGGCAAGCCUUGUUCGAGCCAGAAGGAGGGCUUUCAGACCUAGUGAGCGCCUGCAGAGAUAUCAGAGAGAAAGACUCGGGCAAACCAGUAGAGCAGCUGAAGCAUAUAUCACCCCUUUUCGUCUGUCCGACUCGUCGGCGCGGUCAAGCAAUGACCGUGGGGACCGUCUGAGUUCAAAACGGAGAAAGUUGGACGAUGGAACGUAUGAGGAUGAGCCUCGGACCUUCACCUACGGCCACUACGGGCAGGUUACACCAGGUCAACUUCGGAUGGAAGUUGUCACUUGCGAUGGUGGUGAAUACUCGGAUCCCCACGUGCCCAUCAAUUCAUACCCUCAGAAUGUCCUUCUAGACGACGCCAGUGUAUACUGCACCAAAACCAACAGGUGCAAUCUACUGUUCAAGCAUGUCGGUGGAAUGCCAUUUACUUUGACUAAGAUCGUCGUGAAGGCGCCGAGGGCUGGCUUCGAUGCUCCGAUCCAGGAAGGAUUGGUUUUCAUCGCCAUGGACGACGACAGCCUCCUGGAAAAGACAUCACAGUACGAUAUACGUUGGUCUCCCAGAAGUCAUCGCUUCCGGCACAGACCAGACUUCCACAGGCCCUCGCUCGAAUACAUGAACUCAACUAGAUCUCCGCUCCGAUCCAUCGACCGCUCCAGGUAUCUCAACAACCCAACUGACCUGGGUGAUGACCUCGAACCAGAUACCGCACUUGUCCCUGGCUUCGAUGUCUCGAUUGCGGAUCCCUCCGACGAGGAAGAUGCAGGAGACAGUCCACCGUCACCGCGACCAUGGCAUCACGAUGACGAAUAUUCGCUCCGCUCGUAUGUCGACCGAUAUCGACCGCUAUCCUUUCCCGACGAACCUAACGACAGUACGUGGGACCUUUCCAGUGAUUCCGAAGGAUAUGAGCCAAGUAUCCUACAUAUGGAUGACAGCAUGCCGGGAGAAAAUGAAACUAGCCAAAGACAUCCAGCUGAAUCAGACAGUACCCUGGCUCACCAAAACCGCAUGCUUGAUCUUAUGCGAGCUCAGCAAGCCAUCAACAAUGACUCUUCAUUUGGACGUCGCGAACGGAGGACACAACAGGCUGACGAGGCGGCUCUCAAUCGGCCAUUGACCCCCGGCGAUACCGUCGUGCAAGAAAGCGGGUUGCGAUACGGUUUACCUCUUGAACUUGCUUCCGUCUCGGAGAACAACGCCCGCAGGCUUCGAGAGUGUUACGAUCAGACGGCCACCAAAAGUGCUAGAGGCGAUACCGGCCCAAGUUCUUCCAACAGGUCGAACACGAUCAAUCCGCAUGCACGAUUCUUCAUCAGCAGAACCAAAUCCAGUGCUGCCAUAAAGUUUGAUCCCCCAGUUUCUGGUCGUUAUAUUUUGGUUAAACUUUGGGCUCAAUGCCCGAAUGCGAACAUUGAUGUCCAAGCUAUUCUGGCACAUGGUUAUGGAGGGCCUCGGUUCUUUCCGAGUACGGAAACGAGAUGAUGCGAGGAUCACUUUACGACGUUAUGAUGUUUUGGUUUUCGAAGCCGUUGGUAAGCCAGCAGCAGGGUAUAAGACUGAGGAUGAAACAUUUUUUUGACAAAAUACCCACAAUGUCCAGCCAUUUAUCCACGAGACU